CGCUUUGCUUUACGUCUUUUUGUCCAUCUGAAAGAAGAAGAUGUCAGCUAUGGGACAACUCUUCGGAGGAUCCAUCCUCUCGGCCUUCCUUCAGGUGGCCUUCGACAGGUUUGCCUCUCCUGAGAUUAUGGAAUUCUUACUUCGAUGGGAAAUCGACUUGGAUGAAGUGGACUCACUGAAGCGGACGUCAGCCAUGAUUCAGGCAUUAGCUGAUGAAGCUGAAGUGAAGCAAUUCACCAACGGUGCUGUGAAACUCUGGCUCGACCACCUCAAACAACUCCUCUAUGAUGCUGAGGACAUACUGGAUGAGUAUGCCACUGAACUUCUGCGGCUGAAAUUGGAAUCUUCUCACCAAAUCCAACAGGUACGCAACCCUGUUCCUCCCACUCCAUCAAGUAAAAGUAGUGUUUCUUCUUGGUUGAACUCAGGCAUGGAAUCUGCAGUUAAGAGCAUCAAUGAAACUUUAGAAGGAAUACAAGACAUUGCGCCUAAGAUUUAUAACAUUGCUGAAGAGCUGAGGGGAAUUAAAAAAUUUGGAUCUAAAGUCAAGGUAAUCAACCAGAGAUUAAAAAGUGUAGCACAAGAAGGUGUUGCUCUUGGUUUGAACUCGAGCAUGGGAUUUGGGUCCUCAUGGCCCAUGGUAUUCAGUCAAAGGCCACCAACGAGUUCUUUGGUGAAUAAAUAUAAAGUUUUUGGCCGAGAGGAAGAUAUGGAGAAGAUUGUUGGAUGGUUGCUAUCAGACAAAACUCAAUGUCCCAGUGAGAAUGACAAUAAUUUCUCAGUGCUACCCAUAGUCGGCAUGGGUGGAGUUGGGAAGACGACCCUUGCUCAACUUGUUUAUAAUGAUGUGAAAGUUAAGAAGCAUUUUCAUUUGAAAGCUUGGGUCUGUGUAUCAGAGGAUUUUGAUGUGGUGAGGUUAACCAAAGAAAUUCUAGAGUCAGUCACUGGGUCAUCCCCUCCUAAUUCACUGGACCUGCUACAGGUGAAACUUCAAGAAGCUUUAAGGGAGAAAAGAUUUUUAUUGGUCCUAGAUGACGUGUGGAACGAGAACUACGAGAGAUGGGAUGCCUUCAGCACCACUUUUGCAUUCGGUACACCAGGAAUCAAGAUAUUGGUUACAACACGGAACAAAGGUGUUGCAUCAAUUGUGUGCACUGUUCCAAAUGUUCAUUCUCUAAAAGUUUUGUCAGACGAGGCAUGUUUUGCAUUGGUUAGAAGGCAUGCUUUCAUGGAAGAAAAUACCUCUGAUGCAAAUCAAAAGAUGGAAUUAUUUGGGCAAGAAAUUGUAAAGAAAUGUAAGGGUUUACCUUUGGCAGUAAAGACACUUGCUGGCCUCUUGCGGGAUAAAAGAGAGAGUAGUCAAUGGAAAGCUAUUUUGGAGAAUGAAAUAUGGGAUUUAAGAGAAAGUGAGAUCCUUCCAUCGCUCAUGUUGAGUUACCAUCAUCUUCCACCGCUUCUAAAGAGAUGCUUCGCAUAUUGUGCUUUGUUUCCCAAAGACUAUGUAUUCAACAAGAUGGAAUUAAUCGUCUUCUGGAUGGCGGAAGGUAUUAUUCAACCAAAAGAAAGAAUACGGCUGGAAGAUGUAGGGGGUGAUUAUUUUGAUGAACUAUUUUUGAGGUCAUUCUUUGAGUUAUCUAAUCGUCCUCAUUCUUUGGUGGGACGCCUCAUGUGUGUUGACUUAUCAAAAGAAUUUCGCACAAGAUCAUUUGUUGAGUCAUCGAAGAACACGGGAUCAGGAUUUGUGAUGCAUGAUCUGAUCCAUGAUUUAGCACAAUUUGUUUCAAGUGGAAUAUAUUGUCGGAACGAGUAUGAUAAGCCAUCCCAAGUUCUUACUACCACACGUCACUUGGCCUACAUUAUGGACAAUUAUAAUGCUGAGGUGACAGAAUUUAAGGCCAUGAAAAGCUUACGCACCUUUCUAACUCUAAAUGAUAUUGUAGGUAGUCCCAAGCACAUUUUUCCCACCAUGCAAUUCCAAUUCCUGCGUGUGCUACGUUUCAGAAAUUGUGGCAAUUGUGAAUUGCCUGAUUCAGUUGGCAAGUUGAAACAUCUGAGGUAUCUUGAUCUCUCAUUUUCUGAUAUUGUGAGGUUACCCAACUCAAUUGGAACUCUUUACAAUCUACAAUCGUUGGCCCUUUCUGGCUGUGGGAGGCUUAAACAGUUGCCUGAAGAUAUGGGUAACCUUGUUAACCUUCGAUAUCUUGUUCUCCCAGCACAUUGGGGUUUCCAUAAAAUUCCAAUAGAAGUGGGUAACUUGACUAGUCUUCAAUCGUUGAGCACAUUCGAUGCAGGGCCCAAAAAAAAAUUGUCCCGACUUCAUGGGACUCUAGACAAUUCAAAUUUGGAAAAUGUAGGCAAUAAUGGGACAGAAGCCAUGGUGAACAAGCUGCAUCUUUUUGGGCUACAGCUGCACAACCUCACGUCACUCCGAGUUCUUCGAAUAUCAAACUGUGAGAAUAUGGAAUCACUAUCCAAGGAAUUAUACACUCUAACAUCUCUCCAAAGAUUAGUAAUCGGAAGUUGCCCUGAUCUUGUGUCCUUCCAAGAAACAAGAUUACCCACCAUGCUUCAAGAAUUGAAGAUCUUUGAUUGUGAGAAUCUGAGGUCACUAUCCAAGGAGCUACACACUCUAACAUCUCUCAAAUGUUUACAAAUUGACAGUUGCCCUGCUCUUGUGUCUUUCCAGGAAACAGGGUUACCCCCUGCGCUUGUUGAAUUGGAGAUCAUAGAUUGCAAGAAUCUAGAGGCUCUGCCCAUGGGACUACUGCACAGCCUUACGUCCCUCCAAAGUUUAGAAAUCAAAGAGUGCCCUACUCUUGAAUCCAUUCCAGACAUGGGCUUAACCACCACGCUUCGGGAGGUAUCGUUUGUAAAUUGUGGGCAGCUGAAUUCCUUGCCCAAGGGGCUGCACAAACUCACAAAUCUUAAACAACUAGAGAUUGUGGAGUGCUCUUUUCUUAUGGAGUGCAAGAAUCUUGAACCCCUACAUACCUCAGGUCUUCAUAAUCUCAUCUCUCUUUCAUAUCUCACCAUUGGUGGAUGUCAUGUUCUCAUGUCCAUCCCAAAUGGCCUGCUUCCCAUCAACCUUAGGUAUUUUUGCAUCAAGGACUGCCCAAUUCUUGAAUCCCUAUAUGAUGGACUCUCUGACCUUACCUCUCUUAAACGGUUGGAGAUACAGAAUUGUCCAAUGCUGACACAACGGUACCAAAAGAAGGAAGGAGAAGAGUGGUCCAAAAUUGCCCAAAUCCCUAUGGUGAUAAUAGAUGACAAACGGCAAUAA